AUGUGCCUCGCAGCGCUCUUCCAUGGGCGGCGCCUGCUGCUGGCAGCCAUGUUACUGGCCGCCGUGCCGGCCAUCGCCAUGCUCCUCCUGGCCACCACUUCCACCGACAUGGGCCUCCAGGCCGGGUGGAUGGGCUCCCCGCUGGCGUUGGCGACGCCGAUCUUGGCUGGCUGGCUGCUGGUUGGCGGAGACCCGGGCAGUGUGGCCGGGGCAAUGUCCUGCCAGGCGGGCCAAAAUGUCACCGUCCCCGAAAUGCUGCACGCCCUGUUGCCCGAGGCGCCCAGCUUCCCCGUGAAGCGCAGCCUGGCCGGGGCUCUCUUGUCAGCCUCGGGAGCCACGCACCUCUUCGACUCGAUGACCGCCUCGAUCUCACGCGCCUGGCACGGGGCCGGCCCCUCCGGCGCUCCUGGCAGCGGCGCCGGGGCCUUCGCCGCUCCACGCUUCCUCUCGGAUCCCGGGUCGCCGACGCGGCCGCCGACCAUCAGAAGCACGACCGGGCCCGGGGGCGGCGGUGGUCCUGGCGCCAACGGCCUGGGCGCGCCACACCUGCAGGUGCCGGUUUUCGUCGCGACCCAGGCACCUAGUGACUCGGUCGUUGACCCCCGGGCGCGAGACCCGCGCGUCCCGACCUUCAGCAAGCCCGUGUUCCAGGCUCCCACCCUGGCGAAACCCAAUAACACCUGA